AUAAUCACACGUUCAUUAUAUUUAACAAGGUGCUGAUAGAAGCCAGUGACGAGUGAAAAUCCACUGGAGACUUUUCACGAUGUUGAAUGUCUCUAAAUCACUUACUGUGAAAUGUGGAAUGAGCCUCAGUACUUAUGAUAGCCGGUUAAAGCCCUGCGUGUACACUUUGUUUAACUAUGAGGUUUGGGACGAGUUCAUGUGUCCCAGCUGACACACACAAGGGGGCAGGUUCCGUGGUGCCUUCUGGGGACGUGGGACACGUUUCAGAACGCGAGUCUUUAACUGACAAUCCCAUGAACUCAAAUGCAACAACAACACGCUCAUCUAUAUUAAUGUUAGAAAAAGCCACUGAAACAACCAGCUUAUACGUCAUGUCACUUCUGAGCUAAUCUAAAAUCCCCACAUCCGUAUCUCCCGAGUGCACAGCCGGGGUUUUUCUUUUUCCGAGGGUCAGUGAAGGCAGCGCGCAGCCACAGCGCUCCCCGAGCUCCAUGGAAGGGUCACGCCUGUGCUUCAGCUUCUGGUCAUGGCUAAGCAGUACGACGUGUUGUUCAGGCUGCUCAUGCUCGGGGACUCGGGGGUCGGGAAGACGUGCAUGCUGCGCAGGUUCACGGAGAGUUACUUUGAUUCUUCACACAUUUCCACCAUCGGAGUUGAUUUCAAAAUGAGAACACUAGAAUUAGAUGGAACCAGGGUGCGGGUGCAGAUAUGGGACACGGCGGGUCAGGAACGCUAUCAGACCAUAACCAAGCAGUACUACAGGCGCGCACAGGGCAUCAUCUUCGUCUACGACAUCACGAGCGAGUCCUCCUUCCAGCACCUGGUGAAGUGGGCCGGCGACGUGGACGAAGUGAGUGCUCCGCGUGAGCUGCGAGACCGUGAGGUCAUUCCGUCCGCUUGUCUGUCCUGUCUUUUGUUUUGCUGCAGUACGCGCCGGGCAAGGUGCAGAAGAUCUUGGUGGGGAACAAGUCGGACGAGGAGACGAGUAGGAAGGUAUCGAAGGACCAAGGAAGCAAGCUGGCCGAAACCUAUGGGAUGGAGUUCUUUGAGACCAGUGCUUCCACCAGCGAUAACAUCAGCGUUCACUCGCAUGACACAACUGGUGCUGCGGGCUCACGAGCGCGACGUGGACGACUUGUUGGGCUCCCUGGAUGAUUACCUGGAGAAGGCGUCUUUGGAAGAAGAGAAAGGCGGCGACGCUCAGAAGACCUGCGCCUGUUAGACGAGGGACGUAAUGUGGCUCCUCGUGCUUUAGCUUCAGACACAUCGUUCCUUUGCUCCGCCUUUCGUUGAUCGAUAUUUCCAUCUGCUCGACGGGUCUCGCUAAGCGAACAAUGCACAUGCUCGAUAGAUUUACCCUGAGCAAAUAUACUGUACAGCCUCAGAUUGAUGGGAAAAAUCUGAAUGCGUUUCUAAGAAAUCAAAUUUGCAGCGAGACGGCAAACUCUAACCAAGCAUUUCCGCAAGGGAGACCGUUUUGUGCCGUAUUCAGUGCAUGUAUGUGUGUGUAUGUCCGUGGCCUGGCCGACUGUCUGUCACAUUGAUAAGCAUUGUUACGAUUGCUUAUAUUACUGGCGCCCCAGAUAUUCAUCAUCUUAAUGUAACGGUUGAAGCUCAAGGAUGUUACAAAAAAACAAACAAGCGAUGUUUAAGUUAAUAAAUUGAAAUUGCCGUA